GUUAGAUGCUUGGGUUACCGCGGCCGUUUCUUAGAAAUUGGUAAAUUCGAUUUGGCUUCUAAUAAUAAAUUGGGAAUGGAGAUAUUUUUGAAAGAAAUAACUUUUCAUGGAGUUUUAUUGGAUGGCGUGAUCGGCGGUAUGUCGCCUGUUCUACGAGAAGAAAUGUAUAAUUUUCUUAAUAAACAAUUGAAAGAUAGGGCUAAAGCUAUCAAUCCGCUAGUACGGAAAACCUUCCAGACGGAUCAGUUGGAAGAAGCAUUCAGGUACAUGGCAGCCGGAAAGCAUAUU